AGAGAAAGCUAAAUAAGAGGAGUUUCUUUGCAGCUCCAUCCAUUUCAAUGGUGCAGCUUUCCCAAGCCCCUUUCCGUCACCCAUCACCUUCAGGCCGGUCAGAGGAGGUGGAGGAAAGGAGCAUGAAGGCGGCCAAGCAGCAGGUGAACCCGUCUGGGGAGAGCCAGUCUCCCUCCAGCCCCCUGCAGUCUGCGCUGAACUCGGCAGCCUCUCCUUCCCAGGCAUAUGAGACUUACAUUGAUAAUGGGCUUAUCUGCCUCAAACACAAGAUCAGGAACAUUGAGAAAAAGAAGCUUAAGUUAGAAGACUACAAAGAUCGCCUGAAGAAGGGAGAAGCUCUCAAUCAGGACCAGUUGGAGGCCGUGGAGAAAUAUGAUGAAGUAGUACACAACUUGGAAUUUGCUAAGGAGCUUCAGAAGACUUUUUCAGGACUUAGCCAAGAUCUGCUGAAAGCGCAGAGGAAGGCUCAGCGAAGAGAGAGUCUAUUAAAGCUUGAAGCUGAGAAGAAGAAACUGCGUACAAUACUUCAAGUCCAGUAUGUGCUGCAAAACUUCACUCAAGAGCAUGUUCAGAAAGAUUUCAAAGGUGGUGUGAAUGGUGCAAUAUACUUGCCUUCUAAAGAACUAGACUACCUCAUAAGAUUUGCAAAACUGACAUGUCCAGAAAGAAAUGAAAACUUGAGUGUUGAAGACCAGAUGGAACAAUCAUCUCUCUACUUCUGGGACCUUCUAGAAGGAAGUGAGAAACCUGUGGUUGGAACAACAUAUAAACACAUGAAGGACCUGCUGUCCAAGCUUCUGGACUCCCGCUACUUUGAAAGUAUUCCGACUCCUCGCGCCACUGCGCCAGUAAAAGAAAUGGAAGAAGUAAAUAGAAAAUCUGAGAGAACAAGACAUGUGUCAAAAGGAGAGCCUGUCAAAGAACCAGAAUCCAUUGCGGAGCUUAUGAAGUCUGAAAUACAGCCACAGGAGUUUCUCAACAGGCGUUAUUUGCCUGAAGCAGAAUACUCUGUCAAGAAGAAGCCAGAAGAGCCAAAAUCUUGGGAAGCUGGGUAUGCUAGAAAGCAAGAACCUCUGAAGUCCUGGGAAAUGCUUGUUGAUACUGAAGAGCAGGAGCAGAAGCAGAAACAAGAGACCUUAAAGCCUUGGGAAGCUCGUGUUAGGCAGCAAGAACCAAAAAGACCAGAUUCUCCAAAGCCGUGGGAAAUCCGUGUCAAAGAAGAGGAACAGAAGCGUGAGCCUGCAAAGCCCUGGGAGACCUGUGUUGAGGAGGAAGAACAGAAGAAGCAGGAAGCUCCAAAGGUCUGGGUAGCACGUGUCCGAGAGGAGCAGGAGUCCUCCAGGCCUUGGGUAACAAAGGCUAGGGAAGAGCAGGACCAGAAGAAACAGGAAUCACCUAAGCUGUGGGUAGUAAAAGCUAGGGAAGAGCAGGAACAGAAAAAGCAGGAGUCCCUAAAACCUUGGGUAACCAAAGUUAAGGAAGAACCAGAACAAAAGCAGGAAUCUCUAAAACCUUGGGUAACCCAAACUAGGGAGCAACCAGAACAAAAGAAGCCAGAACCUGUGAAAUCAUGGGAAAUGCCUGUUAGGGAAGAGCCAGAGCGAAAGAAGCAGGAGCCUGUGAAGGCUUGGGCUGCACAUGUUAGGGAGGAGCCAGAACAAAAGAAGCAGGAGACUCCAGAGGCUUGGGAAAAAGCUGACAGGCAGCAGCAAGUGUCAUCACAGCAGUUACAGAACCCUCUGAAGUCCUGGGGAGCUGCAAGUAUUGGGCCAAAGGAGCAGAUGGGGCCAAAGAAGUUUGAUAUGGAACCCAAAGAAAAGCGGGACCGCAAACUGAAGGUUGAACCCGAGAUUAAGAGAGUGCCUAAACCUGUACAUCAGCCAGCUGCAGAAUUUUGUUCUACUUCAACUCUUCCAAAAGAUCCAGUGUUAAGAAGAGAAAAACUUCAGGAUCUGAUGACUCAGAUACAAGGGACUUACAACUUCAUGCAAGAGUCCAUUCUGGAUUUUGAUAAAGCUUCACCAAGUGCCAUUGGUUCAUCCCAACCACCUUCAGUUACUCCAGCAAGUAGUCCUGCAGCUCCGAAAGAACAGAAACUGCCAAGUCAGAGUGACUUUCUUCAACAGCCCCUUCAAGCUGCUGCUUCAUCCAUUGCACUGCAUGGUUCAAAUACUUCCCUAGCAUCUGCUGAUCAGACUCUUUCUGGCUCUGAAACAGAAGACUUGGUGACACCACAGACACCACAGGCAUCAGCAUCGCUGUCUCAAGAGACUGAGAAAUAUACUUCCCAGCCACUGUAUCAGACAAGUCCAUGUAUUUCUGAGCCACUUAUACCCAAAAAGAUUGAAAUUGCCCAGGCUACUGUUCCCCUCCCAAGUGAGCCACAGUCACCAUUGCCUACUUCAAGCACUUCCAUGACACCAGUACCACCAGCGCAAAGCUUUCAGUCUCCUCCAGCAAGCAGCAGUUCUGUCACAAUAACAGCAGCUCCCUUUCAGGCUAUGCAGACUGUGUUUAAAGUGAAUGCACCACUGCCUCCACGUAAAGACCAGGAAAUUAAGGAGGAUUCUUCAUAUUCAACAGGAUAUAACCAGAGUUUCUCCACAGCAAGUACACAGACUCCUCCUCAAUGCCAGUUGCAAUCUUCUCAUGUUGCAGAACAAACUUCUCUUUCACAAGAAUCUCUGUCUUCAGCAGUGAAUUAUCAACCUGAUGGAGCAGUUCCUGUUAGCAAUGGUAGCCUUGCCUUUUAUCCAGCACAGACUAAUGUUAUUCCCAGACCGCCUCAGCCUUACCUUAACAGUCGUGGGUCUGUCAGAGGAUCUGCUAGAGGUGGAAGGUCACUGGCUAGUUCAUAUCGUUCCCCUGGUGGGUACAAAGGUUUUGAUGCUUACAGAGGCUCACCUUCAAUAACUAAUGGCAACUAUGGCCAGCUGCAGUUCCCUGGUAGAGACUAUGCUGGAAUGCCCUAUUCUCAGAGGGAUGUUAAUUACCAGCAGUGCUAUAAACGAGGUGGGAUAACUAGUGGUCCUCGUGCAAAUUCAAGAGCAGGGUGGAGUGAUUCCUCUCAGGUGAGCAGUCCAGAACGAGACAAUGAAACCUUUAACAGUGGGGACUCUGGGCAGGGAGACUCCCGCAGCAUCACCCCUGUUGACAUGCCAGUGACAAGCCAAGCUGCCACCAUACUACCAGUGCAUGUCUAUCCUCUCCCACAGCAGAUGAGAGUUGCCUUCUCAGCCGCUAGAACAUCUAACCUAGCUCCUGGAACUCUAGACCAGCCAAUUGUGUUUGAUCUGUUGCUGAACAACCUUGGAGAAACUUUUGAUAUCCAGCUUGGUAGGUUCAACUGUCCAGUGAAUGGUACAUAUGUCUUCAUCUUCCACAUGCUGAAACUGGCUGUAAAUGUUCCCCUGUAUGUGAAUCUCAUGAAGAAUGAAGAGGUCCUAGUGUCAGCAUAUGCAAAUGAUGGGGCUCCUGAUCAUGAAACAGCUAGUAAUCAUGCAGUCCUGCAGCUUUUCCAAGGAGACCAAAUCUGGUUGCGUCUGCAUCGAGGAGCCAUCUAUGGAAGUAGCUGGAAAUAUUCCACCUUUUCAGGAUACCUCCUUUAUCAGGACUAAAAUCCAGUGCAAUGUUUACAAAAGAGCUGCUCCAAACACCUUGGUGGAGGGGGGUGGACUAGCUUUGCACUUCUGACUUUAUAGAAGAUAUGUGGUUCCAUUACUGGGGGGAAAUGAUGGGUCUGUUGUGCAAGGUGAAAUCAUGAAGUUGGGGUACUGAAUCAGCACUAAUUUGGCACUUUAUCAGUUGUGAUGUAGCCUUGCUAGUAAAGCUGUGAAUGUAUAUUGUUUGCACUUACCCUAAACUGUAUUAAUGUCCAGCUUACUACACUAUUGAUUGCCUCAAGUAUGGGCUAUUCACAAUGCCUUGUUGUGCCUCAAUAAAACAAGUUAAUAUGCA